AUGGCAGUCGGGAGAGUGGCAGGCACGGGAAAUAUCGGGUACUCAUCGAACUACCGGACUGGGGGACGAUCCUACCAUGGUGGAAUAAAUGAAGAAAUCAUAUGGAUUAGUAUCGGGAUGGCGGUCACCAUCGCGAUACUAAUCACCUUAGCAUUAAUCUAUCUGGCCUACGAAAAAUGCCAAAAACGUCGUCAGCGCUACAUACAAGCGUGA